AUAACUUACAUGGAAAUCCAGUUAAAAUAUUUAGACAGUGUCUUCCCGCAGGUAGCUGUUAUCAACAGCUACACAAGCUUUGCGUUAAUACACAGUUGUAUAUUCAUUCAGAAUAAUAACAGUUUAGAUAUUUAGUCGUGUAAAAGUAGCGUGUUUUAAAGACGUCCAAACAGCAGGGGGCAGCAGGAAUUCCCGGCGGCGGGAAUUCAAACGGAAGUGGUUCACGUCAGCGAGGUUGGCCAUUUUCGCUACAGCACGGAUUUCUGAUCCGUAAAGUUCAUCAUGAAUCCUCUGACGAAGGUGAAGCUGAUAAACGAGCUGAAUGAGCGGGAGGCCAGCCUCGGGGUCAACGAGUCCGUUUCCUGGCACACCGAGUACAAAGACAGCGCCUGGAUCUUUGUGGGAGGGUUUCCAUACGAGCUGACUGAAGGCGACAUCAUCUGCGUCUUUUCUCAGUAUGGAGAGAUUGUCAACAUCAACCUGGUGCGCGACAAGAAGACGGGAAAGUCCAAAGGUUUCUGCUUCAUCUGCUACGAGGACCAGAGGAGCACCAUCCUGGCUGUAGACAACUUCAACGGCAUCAAGAUUAAAGGUCGGACGAUUCGCGUGGACCACGUCAAAGACUACCGACCUCCCAAAGACAACGAGGACAUCGACGAUGUGACCAAGCAUCUGAGGGAGGAGGGCUGCGCUCCCAAAGUCCCCCCCUCCUCCUCUGAGGAAGACGAGCAGUACGUCGUACCUGUGAAGAAGCCCAAGAAAGACAAGAAAGAGAAGAAGAAAAAGAAGAAAGAGAAGAAGGAGAAGAAGAAGGAGAAGAAGAGCCAGGCAUCUUCUUCAUCUCCUCCUCCUCCUCCUCCUCCUGUUCCAGUCAGAGUCAAAGAGGAGAAAGAGGACGCUGCCUAUGACAAAUACAACCAGAGAGGGGCGCCGCCGCCACGAGGACAGCAGAACGAGAGGGCAAGGGAGAACGAGAGACUGAGAGGGGAGGAGGAGGAGGAGGAGGAGGAGAGGAGGAGGAGAGAGACAGACCGGGAGAGAGAGAAGAAGAAAGGAGGAGGGAGGAGCGACAGAAACAGAGAGAAUGAUAGAAGAAGAGACGACAGACGACGAGAGACAGAGAGAGACAGAAGACGAGAUGACGAUAGAAGAAGAGACGACGAUAGAAGAGACGAGGACAGGAGAAGAGAGCUGGAGCGGGACAGAGAGGACAGGAGGAGGGAGAGAGACAGAGACUAUGAGAGAAGAAGAGAGACGGACAGAGAGCACGACAGGAGGCGACAGAGAGACAGUUAGAGGCAGACUGGACUGUUGGAGGACAGAAAACAAAAACGGCUGAAUGCUGGAAGAAACAGACAUGGUGAUUUAAUAAAAGCUGAACCAACACAAAUUAAUAUUUUAAUCCAGCUCUGUUGGUAGAUAUUAAUUUGAUGUUUACGUUUUUAUUUUUUGUGCAUUGUUCCAGUGUUAUUUAUGAACUGAAGUCCUUCUUUGUCCUGUUUAAGCUCUAAAAAUGUUCAGCUUGCACUGCUGGCGCCCCCUGGUGGCUGCAGAGGCCAUUACUCCACACUGAUUUGUUCUUAUGUUCAGGUUUAGUUUAAACUUCAUGUUUUGAGGAGGAAAAUCCAAGAUGCAACCUGAAGCACCCUCUUCCAUCCAUCUGGAAAAAACUGUGUUUAUCUACUGGAAUGAGUUUUAUAAUGAAUAAAUAUUUCUAAUU